AUGAAUGUGGGGUAUUCAGUCGGAAAUUCUUCGAAUACUACUGGUGAACAGGAUACGUUUCGGAGACGUAGUGGGAACCAUGUUCGACCGAAUUUAAAUAAUAUGCCGACCAACCGCUCAGCACCGAACCUAGUUCGUUCUCCGGAUGGUGUAUACCAGCAUCCAGUGGACCCUAGUUCUGGUCGGGUGCACAAUGCGAUGCCUUGUUAUCAGCAAUUGCCCUCGCCUUUGACAGACGACAGGAGAUAUACAGUACAAAACUAUUCCGACACAUUUCAUCCAAGGGAUCCUUCAGAAAAUAUUUUUAAUCCACGAGCGCCAUACUUACAUGGUGAUCCAUUUUCUAACAGAAACGUCGAUGAUGUCAACAACGGUGUGGAACCUUAUGAAUAUGUAGCCUAUGAUCAUUGUUGGCACAAAAACAAAAGACCGGUAUCAGCGUAUAACAGCAUGCCAUAUUACCACGGCCAUCGUAAUGAUCACGGUAUGAUGCAUAAUAGCCAUUGCAAUAAUGAUGUCGAGGAUUAUGUGGGUUAUAUUGACCAGCAGGGCGAUGAUUAUCAGAUUAACACAUAUUUUAAUACUCGCGACGAAGUGGUUAAUCCAUCUAUACCCAAUGGCUAUGUAUCAGACUAUGGAUAUUAUGAUUAUGAUAAAAUGGCGGACCCAGCAGUCCAUUUUACGGAUAGCAACGGUGACUUUAAAGAGGUCUCGCAUUAUGGAAUGUCUCCAGGUGUUACUCCAGUAGAUGACUACGACGACAUUUCAAAUGAGAAGGUUGACUCGAAGAGUCCUCCGAUAGCUCGUAAUAAGCGUACUAUCAUGAGGAAGUUCAAGUUGUGGUUUGGUAAUUUUGUUUUUGAUUGCCCAAUAAGUGACAGCCUUAUUUCUCUGUAUGCCAGUGGCAUGAGCGAUGGACAAUUAACCAGCGAAUAUAGGUUCAUGAGAUACCAGGCUGUUACCUGUGACCCUGCAGAUUUCCAGAGAAACAACUUUACUUUGCGCCAGUUGAAGUUUAUGGUUCCGCGUAAUACCUCGUUGAUGAUAGUUGUUACAAUGUAUAAUGAAAGCGACGUGCUAUUGGCGCGCACUUUAAAAGGUAUCAUGGAUAAUAUUAAGCACUUCACAAAAAGGAGGAAGUCUUCUGUUUGGGGUGCUGAUGCUUGGAAGAAGGUCACUGUGUGUAUUGUUGCAGAUGGGAGAAAUGCUAUUAAUGAGCGUGCUUUGGCGUUAAUGAGCUCACUAGGCUGUUAUCAGGAUGGAUUCGCGAAAGAUGAAAUCAAUGGUAAGAAAGUUGUAGCCCAUGUCUAUGAGCACACCACAAAAAUUAAUAUCUCCAGAGUAUCGGGUUCUAAAAUCAAGCUAGCUUGCGGUGAUAACACCGUUCCUGUUCAAUUGCUAUUCUGCUUGAAGGAAAGGAACCAAAAGAAAAUAAAUUCCCAUCGUUGGGCAUUUGAAGGCUUUGCACCAGUAUUGCAGCCUAAAGUUAUAAUGCUAUUAGACGUCGGCACGAUGCCAGGGAAGGAUUCCAUCUACCAACUAUGGAAAGAGUUUGAUGAUCCAAACAUUGGUGGCGCAUGUGGUGAAAUAAAAACUGACUUAGGUCCAAGAUAUGCUAAGUUGCUUAACCCGUUGGUGGCUUCACAGAACUUCGAGUAUAAGAUGUCUAAUAUUUUAGAUAAGACUACCGAGUCCAAUUUUGGUUACAUCAGUGUGCUACCAGGUGCAUUCUCUGCAUACAGGUAUGCAGCAUUAAAGGGAGAGCCAAUGAAGAAGUAUUUCAUGGGUGAAAACUUAAACUCUACAAUUUUUGUAUCCAACAUGUACUUGGCCGAAGAUAGAAUCCUCUGUUUCGAGAUAGUCACUAAAAAAGAGGCUCGUUGGUUACUAAAGUACUGUAGGUCAUCAUAUGGAUCAACUGAUGUUCCUGAUAGGGUUCCUGAAUUUAUUUUACAGCGUCGAAGGUGGUUAAACGGAUCAUUCUUCGCAGCGCUGUACUCCUUCGUGCAUUUUUAUAAGAUUUGGUCGAGCGGACAUACAUUCGUAAGGAAAAUUCUGUUAACCAUCGAAUUUGUUUAUUUGUUCAUUACUACACUGAUUGCAUGGUUUUCUUUGAGUUCGUUUUUCCUCGUCUUUAGAAUAUUGACAUUGUCACUCACCAUUGUUCAUCCUGAACAACCUGUAUUCCGGUACCUUGCUGUUAUUUUACUUUGGUUAUAUGGCAUAAAUGUGUUGAUCAUAUUUAUCCUAUCUUUAGGGAAUAAACCAAAAGGUACACCGAACUUUUACUUAAUUACCUUCAUUUUCUUUGCAAUCUUGAUGGUAUAUAUGGUUUUCUGCGCAUUGUUCAUGGCCGUACACUCCAUUGAACGUCUCAUCGACGCUGCAGAAUUUACUGUACAAGGACUAUUCACUAGUGCAACUUUUAGAGACUUGGUUAUUUCAAUGGCUUCAACGUACUGCUUGUAUUUCCUGGCAUCGUUGGUUUAUUUGCAGCCUACCCACAUGAUAACGUCUUUCCUCCAAUACGUGUUGUUAAGUCCCUCGUAUAUCAACAUCUUAAACAUUUACGCAUUCUGCAAUGUCCAUGAUAUCUCCUGGGGAACAAAGGGUGCCGUUGCAAAACCUUUGGGUAAACUUACAUCCAAAGAGGACGGUUUUGUAAGAAUGGAAAUUCCUAUUUCCUCUAAAGAAGUCGACUACAAUUAUAAGAAAUACGUCCAGCUUUUGGAAACACCCGAUGAUAACGCCAAAAAUCGUGAAUCACCACCCUAUGAGGAUCAGAAGACCUCGUAUCUAGCAAUGGUACGAUCCAUGGUUAUCAUUAUUUGGAUCAUUUCAAAUUUUGUUGUCAUCGCCGCUGUCUUAGAAACAGGCGUGAUACGUUAUCACCUGCAUACUCCAACAGGACAAGAGUCAGAGUUACUAAUACUUUCUAAGAAUGCUUCAAUUUACUUUUCGGUUGUACUAUGGAUGGUAGCUGUAAUGGCGGCUGUUAGGUUUGUCGGCUGUUCCGUAUAUUUGGUAAGGAGACUUUCACAGAAAUUUACAUUGUUUUAA